AGUUUUCAAAGAGGGCGGCACACAUUGUACUUCUGGAGAGCCUCAUGACACUCACACACACACACUUAUGAACACAAGAGCAUGCACAUCACACUUCAGGUUAGGAUGCAGACACACGUGCUGGAUAUUAUGAGCAGAAUUGUUCUUGACAUGCUUGUGGUUCAUUAACUUACAACUCUUGGUGUAUUGGUGGACUUUGAACCUGGAGGGAAUGAGAAGCUUGACACAAGAAGAGAAGCGAAGAGAAGAGAAGCAAAGAGAAGAGAAGAGAAAAGAAGAUUGUGAAAAACAGGAGAAUGGGAUAGAAACAGCAAAGAGCAAAUCUUAUUAGUGGAUUGACAUGGGCACGGAGCGACUCACCCCAGGUUUGCUGCUGCGCUUAGGUGUUCUUUUCACAGCUGUGUGUGUGUGCAUUCAUGUUUACCUGGAGACAGGUUGGCGGGCAGCACCUGCACCCCUGGCACUGGGACGUCCCACCCUGUCUGGCCAGAACCGAGGCCAACAGAGCAGAACCAAACAGGUUUCUACAGAGCCGCAGCAGCAGCAGCAGGACAGGAGCGUCAAAAGGAGGAUCUCAUAUGUCCGAACUCUAAGAAAGGACAGGAAGAAGGAUGAGGACAAAGAGGACCCCUCAUGCUGCCCACCUGCACACUUACACAGAAAGGCUCCUCGGUGGCAUAUAGAUUUGGAGCCGUGGGCCAGCGAGAGUCAUUCUCUGGAGGAUGAAGCUAAAAGAUUCCUCAACUAUAUCACAACACCACAAGUGUCAUGUGCAUCACCAGUCAGAGGUGAAGCGACUCAGGACGGUACCAAAGGACCCUGGGCCGCAUGUCUGGACCCCAAAUACAGCCUGACCCACAGGAUACACAGCAAACACUGCAGGGUUUACUCCUUUGGGUUGGGUGUGGAUGACCGGUCUCUGGAGCAUUCUCUGGCAGGAGCAGGUUGUGAGGUCCACUGCUUUGACCCCAGUCUGAAACAGCCUCACUUGCAGCAGGAUGAAAUGUGGCUCCAUCGGCUCUCCGUAGACUGGAGGGAUCCAAACCCAGCCAUUGUCGCCCAGCGCCAGUACGCCAACACGAAGAAACUGGCCACCAUCCUGAAUGACUUUGGACACAGACAGGUGGAUGUGCUGAAGGCGGACAUGGAAAGUGCAGAGUGGAAGAUUUUGGAGAAUCUGGUCCUGGAGGGAGUUCUGGAGUCAGUGGGUCAGCUGUUGCUGGAGCUUCAUCUGCACUGGGCAGGCUUCGAAGUGGGCGGCGACGACCCGUCCGUGGUGCGGUACUGGUUCAGCCUGCUGAAGGAGCUUGAACGUGCAAACUUCCACCUCUUCCACGUCCACAGUGACCCCACCAAACCUCACCUCUUCUUGCACAAGAACGUCCUUAAUGCCAGCAGUGCUUAUACGCUAAGCUGGGUGAACACAGGGUGGAAAUCCUGAGGGACGCCAGAUUGGUAAAAAAUUGAUGGAAGUGAAGAGGAGCUUUACUUAGCGUGGUGUAAAAACUUUGCAAUAUGGGGGGUUUCAGUCUGGCACAGAUUCCUCAAGAGACUGCUGUUAUCUUGGCUGACCUUUCUGCAGACUAAAAUCCUCACUCUUACUUUUCCUCUCUUCGCUCAGUGACCUCAUGUGUGUAGAUAUGCAGAGUAAUUGCCUCUGGAGACUCUGUUCUACCUCAUAGUGGCGAUGUUUGUUGCUGCAGGUCAGCCUUCUGACUCACCAUCAACCCCUCCCCCAUAUGAGCUAGGCCCACAGCCAAACAACGUUUACAGAUAACAAUGGUCUGCAGAGGCUCAGAGACCACAACCUGCACUAGAGGACAGGAAGUCAAGGAAAUACAUGAUGCAAAAGUGGAUAGGGAGGUAAAUGAUCCUGAUGCAUUCACAGGAGGUGAGUAUUUUUUGGGGCGUAUGAGCAAAGACUGUGGGUAAUAAUAGUAAAGAGAUGAGAUCCGCUCCGGGAAGGGAAGGAGAAAACUGUGCCUGUAUUUAUAACACAACAAUUGUAAGAAAGACGCAGCAGUGUUGUCAAUUAUAGAAGUGUUCAGCGUGUUGGUUGCUUGGCUGGCUAUUUGAAUGAGAAUGUGUGGGCGAGUGUAUGAAAGAGAAAGAAAAAUGAAGUUCAGUUAUUUUUGAAUCCUGCCGUUUCCUGGGUUAUAAUAGAAACAGUUGAGAUCCACACAAAGAAACAAUUUGUACAACUGGAUGAGAUUUUUCCGGUUGUUCAGCUAGGCUUGCUCCAUUAUAUAUAUCUGCUGCUUUAUCACACAUCUUUAUAGACAAACAUCAUUUGACGAUUCAAGACUUGGCUGAUGACCUAAAAAAUAAAGAAAAACUGCCUUUAAAAAAAGAUUCAGUGAAUGUCAUUUGCCAAAUUGUUCAAUGCAGGUCAAUAAAGAGAGAAAACAAAGAA